CUCUCUCUCUCUUCGCUUCGAUUCGUUUCGUCGUCCUCGUCCAUCAGAAAAGCUCCGUCUUUUAUUUUCCUGAAGUCAAAAGACUGUUCCAAAACUUCCUCUGUGAUUUUUCCUCUCUUUUCUCGUGAACACCGUGAAGGAUGGUUUGCUAGAUGAUUCCAAAAAAGCUCCAUUAGCUGUUAAUGCAGCUGUAAAGUGUAGACCUUUCGAUAUUAAUCUCUCUGAAUCGAGCAAAGUUUGUAGCUUUUCAGUGUUUAGAUCUGCUAUUCUUUCGGUUUAGAAUCGGUUCAAUGUCGGUUCCACCUCGAUUCCGGUCCGUGAAUUCCGAUGAGCGAGACUUCCGAUCGGUUCUCGGUCCGACCGGGAACAAGCUUCAGAGGAAACCACCGGGGAUGAAGCUGGAGAAUAGUAAGAAGAUGACGACGACCAACACCAUCGAGUCAAAAGAUGAGAAAACGAAGAAGAAACCAGAUCCUCCUGCUUCGCCGACGACGACUCUGAAGCAAUGCUCCUCUCUCUGCUCUUCGCUACUCAGACGACGGAACAGUGGUGCCUCCUCCAUGACUGCUUCGUAUUCCUCUGACGCCUCGUCUUCUUGCGAGUCGUCGCAUUUGAGCGUGGCGUCUUCUUCUUGCCGUAAGAAGGCUGUUGCGAGGCGAAGCGGGUCUGUCUCUUCUGUUGGUACUACGUCUGCGGUGGUGGUGGCGAGAAGGAAGCAGGUUGAUGAGAAAGAAGAUAAAGCUGCUGCUGCUGGUGGUGGUGUUAGUAACGGUGAUUGCUUCGCUGACGGUCGGAGAAGAUGUGCUUGGAUCACUCCUAAGUCUGACCCGUGUUAUGUUGCUUUCCACGACGAAGAAUGGGGAGUUCCUGUUCAUGAAGACAAGAAGCUUUUCGAGUUAUUAUGUCUCUCUGGUGCUCUAUCCGAACUCUCUUGGACUGACAUUCUCUCCAGAAGGCAAUUACUCAGGGAAGUUUUCAUGGACUUCGAUCCUGUUGCUGUUUCCAAACUCAACGAGAAAACGGUAACCUCUGCCAUUUCCUUACUCUCAGAGGUCAAGCUAAGGUCAAUCCUCGAUAACGCACGCCAGGUGCGCAAGAUCAUAGCUGAAUAUGGAUCAUUUAAGAAGUACAUGUGGAACUUUGUGAGCAACAAGCCUACACAGAGCCAGUUCAGGUAUCAGCGACAAGUCCCUGUGAAGACAUCAAAGGCCGAGUUUAUAAGCAAAGAUCUUGUACGCAGAGGCUUUCGCAGCGUGAGUCCAACGGUUAUUUACUCCUUCAUGCAAGCAGCUGGUCUUACAAACGACCACCUCAUAGGCUGCUUCAGACACCAAGACUGUUGCGUGGUUGCAGAGACAACGACAACCAAGGCCAAGAAGACUGAACGAGAGUGAUAAAUAAGUUUUUAAGUGCAAAUUGUGAAAGCUAAUUGACGUGUUUGAGUAGUUCAAUGUAUUUGCUUGCAAAGUUGUUUGACGCAAUGAGAUUUUGCCACCGUACCGUGAUGUGUUCUUGUGUUAGCGUUGUAUAGAUGUUUUUGGUUGUGCGCAGAAUGUUGCGAGGGUCUCUUCUUUAGACCGGGACGUGUUUAGUUCUUUGAAAUGAAUCUACAGCUUUGAUCACUGUAAACACAAA